AAAGAAAUACACAAUUCUCUAAACCUAGUGUAGAAUAGUGAUGAUGAUGUCACGUAUGCUAUGUUAUAUUUUUGACAAGUAUUAUCUAUACUAUAUUUAAAAGAAGAGGGCUUACUUACCAUAACUGAAUUUGUUUACUUUCAUAUCCCUAAAAUAUUAAAUAAUUUUAUAUAUCUUUCUGAUUGUCAGAGAUAAGUCAAAGUUUAAAUAAAUAAUUAAUAAGAAAAUUUAUUAUUUUCAGGAACUAACUACCUACUUCUAGACGGAUAACCACCCACUUCUCCACACCCAUAGGAUGUGAACAGUUUUUAGUGUUAUUUAUAUUUAAUUGUAUUUAAAUAUAGUUAUGACUCUUAUCCCUAAUUAAAGAACUGAAAUUACUAGGCGGCGUCUUUAUUGGAGAGAAGAAACAGAAAUGACGUGCAAGGUACCGUCCCAACCCUCUUGCCCUCUCCUUUAGAAAAGAAUUCUACAAAACCAUAAAGACCAAAGAGACUUCAUCUCAAGUUUUGAGGUUCGGCAGCUGCCUAGACUCGACCCCCCCAAAAUCCGCCCCCAUUCACACUACAAUCUCCUCAUCAGACUAGUUAUUCAAAUUCAAACAAAAAUGAUGGUGUGGUUCAGUUACUCUAGUUAUCAACCUACCAUCCAAUAAGUCAAUACAAAGAAAAUGUAGAUGUAGCAACAAAUCGUCUAAAAAAGAAAAUAAAAAUUGAAACUUUGGACGACUAGGCAGGCCCUCUGCACUAAUAUUUCCAGAAACGGGAACAAUGUGGUGGAUGUUGUUUAUACUUUAUACUAUCAAAUCCCAAACACAGCAAUCAGGAAAUCGAUAUGAUAUGAUAUUUUCUAUUAUUCCUUCUUUCUGUUAGGAAUUUUCUAUUAGACUUUGGAACUAUUGCGCAUGGCAUAGUGGACUAAUUCUAGCAGAUCUGACCUCUGUCACAUUAACAAAUAGCAGCACCUUCACUUACUAAUAAAAUAACCCGUUAUUGAAGCAUUAUCCUCGUUGUUGCAGACAUCGACAGAUCCAUCAGUCCAUCACCAUGGAAACUUCAACCUACUCCUACAUCUUGCUCUUCAUCAUCUUUCUUUUCCUCAAGAGUUAUUUGCAGAAAAAUAGGAAGAGAUUGCCACCAAGCCCUGCUCUCUCUCUCCCCAUAAUAGGCCAUCUCUAUCUUUUUAAGAAACCCCUCCACAGAACACUUGCAAAGUUAUCCGACAAAUAUGGUCCAAUUGUAUACAUCAAAUUUGGCUCCCGCCCUGUCAUUCUUGUAUCCUCCCCUUCUGCAGCUGAAGAAUGCUUCACCAAGCACGAUGUCGCUUUUGCAAACCGUCCAAAGCUGCUUGCCGGCAAACACCUUGGGUAUAACUAUACCACAGUUACCUGGGCUUCUUAUGGCUCCCACUGGCGCAACUUGAGACGCAUAGCUUCCCUUGAACUAUUGUCAUCCAACAGCCUUCAGAUGUUUCAUGGCAAUGGCAUACGUGCAGAUGAAAUCAGGUCACUCGUUUGCCAGCUUUUUCGAGGCUGUAAUGGUGGUGAGUUUCAGGGUGUAGAGAUGAAGUCAAAGUUUUUUCAGCUAACUCUCAAUGUUAUAAUGAGAAUGGUUGCUGGGAAAAGAUACUAUGGGGAAGAUAUAGCAGAUUUGGAGGAAGCUAAAAUGUUUCAACAAAUUGUUACAGAGGGGUUUCAAUUGACUGGGGUUACUAACGUUGGAGAUUUCAUACCAGUUUUAAACUACGUAGGAGUAAGUAAGCUUGAGAAGAAGUUGAUAAUAUUGCAUAAGAAGAGGGAUAAGUUCCUGCAAGAUUUGAUUGAUCAACAUAGAAAAAUGCAGAGCGACUCUGCUUUGGAAAAGAGAAGCAAGACCAUGGUGGAUGUCAUGUUGUCACUGCAAGGAACUGAAGCCGAAUACUAUACUGAUGAAAUCAUAAGGGGCAUGAUGCAUGUUAUGUUAACAGCAGGAACAGACACCUCAGCUGGAACCAUGGAAUGGGCUCUAUCACUAUUGCUCAACAACCCUCAAGCACUUGCAAAGGCCCAGACUGAAAUUGAUAACCAAAUUGGAGAAGGCAGACUAAUUAAGGAGUCAGACCUUGCCAAGCUUCCCUAUCUUAGUAGCAUCAUAUAUGAGACCCUCCUCCGACUGUACCCAGCAGCCCCACUUCUGGCGCCCCAUGAGGCAUCGGAUGACUGCACCGUGGCUGGCUUCCAUGUUCCACGUGGAACAAUGCUGUUGGUGAACGUGUGGGCCAUACAGAAUGAUCCUAAGUUGUGGGCAGAACCUGAACAAUUUAAGCCAGAGAGGUUCCAAAAUGUACAAGGAGAAAGAGAUGGUUUCAUGUGGUUGCCAUUUGGGACAGGAAGGAGAGGCUGUCCUGGUGAAGGCUUAGCAAACCGGAUUGUAGGGCUGGCCUUAGGGUCACUGAUUCAGUGCUUUGAGUGGGAGAGACCUAGUGAGGAAAUGAUUGAUAUGAGUAUAGGUACUGGGCUCACCAUGCCUAAAGCUCAACCGUUACUAGCAAAAUGCAGGCCACGCCCAACAAUGCUGGCCUUACUUUCUCAACUCUAAGCAUAUCUUUUGGCUUUCUGGGUUUGUUAUUUCUAGUAUUCCAGUCAGACAGAUAUGCACAUUGUUUUUCGAAUGCAAUUAUUCUUUGAUA